UAUAUAAUAUUCAACACCACCUUUUUCUGUCUUCUCUUUGGUGGGAAUUUUGGCAUAACAGAAGGGUUCUUCUCUAUUCUCUCUCUCUAAAUGCUAUCGCUCUCCGACCAAUAACGUAAACCCCCCAUCUUCUCCCUCUUCAGACCCCCAAAAUCCGGGGUAGAGAGAGAGAGAGAGAGAGAGAGAGAGCCUUUUAGCAAUAAGAUAUAGAGAGAGGAGAGUCUCCGCCAUGGAUUCGUCAGCUUCAAACGAUGUCGUUCCGGGGCUCACAGAGAAGGAGUCCAUGGUUGACCCUUUCUUGGUCGAGGCUCUCCAAAACCCUCGCCACCGUCUCACCAUUCUGAGAAUGGAACUUGAUAUCCAGAGGUUUCUGCACAAUUCUGACCAACAGCAAUUUGAAUUCCAACAUUUUCCUACAUCUUACCUUAGACUUGCUGCACACCGUGUUGCUCAACACUAUGGUUUGCAAACUAUGGUUCAGGAUAGUGGCUUUGAUGGUCAAGGAAAUAAGAUUUUAGUGAGAAAAACGGCAGAGAGCAGGUAUCCAUCAGUUCGUUUAUCUGAAAUACCAGCAAAACAAUUGGAAUAUGAUAAACCAGAGAAUGUCAAAUUAGUUAUCAGGCCUAGGCCAAAUAAAGCAUCUGUAAAUGAAGCCAACAGAGUUGGGAAUAAACGAAAUUCUUUUAGAAGCGUGGAGGAGAGAAAGGAGGAGUAUGAUAGGGCACGAGCUCGCAUCUUUAGCAGCCCUAACAGUCCUGAUUCAAAUGACUCAUUGUCUGAGGCCUCAAUGGAUGUGAAGACUGUAGGUUCGAGCCUGGAUGAGAAUGAAAGUAGCAGAAACUACAUUAUUGACCUAGAAAAAAAUUUGGGCAUCAAGGAUAUUAGUUCUUCAUCACGAGUUGCCAUAUUCAGGGACAGGGAAAAGGAUCGCACUGACCCAGAUUAUGACAGAAGUUAUGAAAGGUAUGUUAGGAAUUUUCCAGCGAAUCAAAACUUCGUGCCACAUUUCAAUAUGCAAAAGAUUCAGCCUACUUUUGUGCAGUAUGAUCCCGUAUUUCCUCAGAUAGGCCAAAUGCCCGGGACUCAGACAUCAUUGAGCUAUGGGCCUCCCUCUAGCCCAGUUAUGAACCCUUUCUGUGCCAUGGGAUUGAAUCAGACUUCUAGAGAUGCUGCUUACAUGCAAUGGUCGACUGCUGCAAUGAUGUAUGCACAUUCAUAUGAACAGUCUAGACAUGCUGGUUUCCAGGUUCCAUUCUGUCAGCAACCCUUGAGCUUUGAUUAUUCGCAAAACCAUUUAUGACUUGUGGGGUUGGGGAUAGUAUUACUAGAUUUACAUGCCAAAUUUCUUUUCUUUAUACAUUCGCUAAACCAUUUGAGACUUGGAUGUUACUGACAGCUAUUCCAGUCUAGUUAUGUGUCCUUCGUUUUCAUUAGUGUGAUGAUAUUGCUCUUUAUCGAACCCAUAUUGUUCUUAGCGUAAUUCAAAAAUUCACAUUUAUUGGACUUUCUACA